CCAUAGUAGGCCCUAAAAGAAAUAGUUAGAAAAACACUACACAAGGCUUUCUCCUUCCCCAAACCCCUUUGCACAUCCGAAAUUCAGCUGAAACCCUCGACAGCCAAUUAACCCAUGAAAAACACAGAAAUUACGCUUCUACCUCUUCCUCAUCGUUCUUCCUUCUGAAUUCACUUCCAAUCCAGAGGCCCCUUUUUGUUUAUUAGGAUAUCAAACUAAAGAUGUCACUGCCUCCCGUAGAGUGUAUAUACUUAACUGAAGACUCCAUCAAAGAAUUGAAAAAUGCAAACUCGAAUUUCAAAUUUCCGUCACCUGCCCCGGUUCUUCGAUUUCUCUACGAACUCUGCUGGACAGUGGUCCGAGGAGACUUGCCAUUUCAGAAGUGUAAAGUGGCGUUGGAGGCAGUGGAGUUCGCAGACUGUGGUCCGGAUGGAGAUGUUGGAUCGAAUUUUGCUGAUGUUGUUACUCAAAUGGCUCAAGACCUUACUAUGCUUGGUGAACAUCGCUCUCGCCUUAUCAAACUGGCAAAAUGGCUGGUGGAAUCUGCACUAGUACCAGUGAGAUUUUUUCAGGAGCGUUGUGAGGAAGAAUUUUUAUGGGAGUCUGAAAUGACUCAGAUAAAGGCUGCAGAUCUGAAGUCUAAAGAGGUCAGAGUAAAUACUCGUCUUCUUUAUCAGCAAACAAAAUUUAACUUGCUCCGAGAAGAAAGUGAAGGCUAUGCUAAGCUGGUUACACUACUCUGUCAGGUUCCUGAAGCAUUCUUCAGUUUGGUUGUUACUCAUCCCAGAAACACUGUUUGGGCAGGUUUCGGCCUGUUGCUUGGGAUCUGGUUUUGCGAUAUUCUUUUUACCUUUGAGUUUGAAUCCAGUCAAGGGAGGAGAAUUGAGUCAUUUCUCUCAUUUUCUCUUCAUGCAAAGUGUCUAAAUAUAAAAAUGCGAGUAAAGGAGUUCUUUGGUUAUGGACCCCUUGUCCUCCAUAGAUAUGCACACUUACUUCCUAAGGAUGAGGAAGCAUUUGAGCAUUACAACUCUUUCUCAGCCAAAAGACUUGAUGAGGCUAAUAAGAUUGGGAAAAUUAAUCUUGCGGCAACUGGAAAGGAUCUCAUGGAUGAUGAGAAACAAGGAGAUGUAACUGUAGAUCUUUUUGCUGCUUUAGACAUGGAAAAUGGGGCAGUUGCUGAAAGGUCCUCGGAGCUCGAAAAUAAUCAAACUUUGGGAUUACUGAUUGGUUUCCUUGCAGUAGAUGAUUGGUGUCAUGCUCGUCAGUUGUUGGACCGCCUUUCAACACUGAAUCCAGUGGAACAUAUUCAAAUUUGCAACGGUUUGUUUAGGCUCAUUGAAAAGUCAAUUUCUCCGGCUUGUGAACUUGUUCGUCAAAACCAAUUUUCAAAUAUUGAUGUAUUGCCUGGAUCUGGCACUGACUUGAUGGAGACAGGGAAUUCAUCCCACAGUAGAUCUUUUAUCAAUCUUCCUAAAGAGCUUUUUGAAAUGCUUGCUUCUGCUGGACCUUAUCUUUAUCGCGACACUUUGUUGCUGCAGAAGGCAUCCAAAGUGUUGAGAGCUUAUUACCUUUGUGCACUCGAGCUUGUCAAUAAUGGUUAUGUGGCAUUUAGUUCUCAUACUUUUGCUAAUGGAAACGAAAAUCCACGCCUCCACCUGAAGGAUGCAAGGUUAAGAAUUGAGGAAGCACUUGGAACAUGUCUUCUUCCUUCAUUACAGUUGAUACCUGCAAAUCCUGCUGUUGGACAGGAGAUCUGGGAACUAAUGAGUCUUCUACCCUAUGAGGUGCGCUAUCGUUUGUACGGUGAAUGGGAGAAGGAUGAUGACCGUUUUCCAAUGAUUUUGGCUGCAAGACAAACGGCAAAGUUGGACACCAGGAGGAUUCUAAAGCGCCUCGCAAAAGAAAAUUUGAAGCAGCUUGGACGAAUGGUUGCUAAAUUAGCUCAUGCCAAUCCAAUGACAGUGCUCCGGACAAUUGUUCAUCAGAUAGAGGCAUACAGGGAUAUGAUCACUCCUGUGGUGGAUGCAUUCAAGUAUCUGACUCAGCUUGAGUAUGAUAUUCUGGAGUAUGUCGUGAUUGAACGCUUGGCUCAAGGAGGACGCGAGAAGCUAAAAGAUGAUGGCCUUAAUUUGUCAGAUUGGCUUCAAUCUUUGGCAUCAUUUUGGGGACACUUGUGUAAAAAAUACCCAUCAAUGGAACUCAGGGGUCUUUUCCAGUAUCUUGUAAAUCAGUUGAAGAAAGGAUAUGGGAUUGAGCUUGUUCUCCUGCAGGAACUUAUACAGCAGAUGGCUAAUGUUCAAUAUACAGAGAAUAUGACUGAGGACCAAUUGGAUGCCAUGGCUGGAAGUGACACUCUACGUUAUCAAGCUACCUCAUUUGGAAUUACCAGGAACAACAAGGCUUUGAUCAAAUCCACUAACAGACUUAGGGAUUCUUUGCUCCCAAAAGAAGAACCCAAAUUGGCAAUUCCUCUUUUGCUUCUCAUUGCCCAGCACCGUUCUUUAGUUGUCAUAAAGGCCGACGUGCCUCAUAUUAAAAUGGUCAGUGAACAGUUCGAUAGAUGCCAUGGAACCCUUCUUCAGUAUGUGGAAUUUCUUUGUAGUGCAGUCACUCCAGUAUCAAAUUAUGCGUUGCUGAUUCCUACUCUUGAUGAACUUGUACAUCAAUAUCUUCUUGAUCCCGAGGUUGCCUUUUUAAUUUAUAGGCCAGUAAUGAGACUCUUCAGGUGUCAAAAAGCCUCCUGUGCUUUCUGGCCUUUAGAUGGUAAUGAAGAACUGCAUCCUACGACUUCUGAAAAGGAUUCCGAAACUGCAGAUGCAUCUACAUUGAUUCUGGACCUUGGAUCUUCUCGCAAGCCUAUAUUUUGGCUUGAUCUUCUUGACACUAUCAAAACAAUGUUGCCUUCAAAAGCCUGGAAUAGCCUGUCUCCUGAUCUGUAUGCUACCUUCUGGGGUCUUACUUUAUAUGAUCUCUAUGUACCAAGAACUCGUUAUGAGUCUGAAAUUGCAAAGCAGCAUUCUGCUCUUAAAGCUCUGGAAGAACUUUCUGAUAAUUCCAGUUCUGCAAUCGCUAAAAGAAAGAAAGAUAAAGAAAGAAUUCAAGAGUCUCUUGACCGAUUGACUAUGGAACUCCAGAAGCAUGAAGAACACGUUGAAUCUGUGCGACGACGGCUUACUCUUGAGAAGGAUACAUGGUUGAGUUCAUGCCCAGAUACUUUGAAAAUAAACAUGGAGUUUCUUCAGCGCUGUGUAUUUCCACGCUGUACAUUCAGUAUGCCGGAUGCUGUAUAUUGUGCCAUUUUUGUCAAUACACUCCAUUCCUUGGGGACGCCAUUUUUCAACACAGUGAACCACAUAGAUGUUUUGAUAUGUAAAACCUUACAACCUAUGAUCUGCUGCUGCACUGAGUAUGAAGUGGGUCGACUGGGGAGGUUUCUAUAUGAGACACUAAAAACUGCUUACCAUUGGAAGAGUGAUGAAUCUGUAUACGAACGCGAGUGUGGAAACAUGCCGGGAUUUGCUGUCUAUUAUAGAUAUCCGAACAGCCAGCGUGUUACAUAUGGUCAAUUUAUCAAGGUACACUGGAAGUGGAGCCAGAGGAUUACUAGGUUGCUGAUUCAGUGUUUGGAAUCAACUGAGUACAUGGAGAUUCGAAAUGCUCUUAUAAUGUUGACUAAAAUCUCAGGGGUUUUUCCUGUUACUCGGAAGAGUGGUAUCAACCUUGAAAAGAGGGUAGCUAAAAUCAAAAGUGAUGAAAGGGAAGAUCUAAAGGUUUUAGCCACUGGUGUUGCUGCAGCUUUGGCAGCUAGAAAGCCUUCAUGGGUUACAGAUGAGGAAUUUGGCAUGGGUUAUCUUGAGAUAAAGCCUGCACCUGCACCAGCUUCAGCUUCCAAGUCUCUAUCUGUGACUGCUGCUGCUGUGCAAAAUGUGCCUGGGACCAAUGUUUCUCCAGCUGAGCCUGUGGGGAGUAGAGCUGUUGCACCAGGAACCUUACAUUCAGAUUCUGGGAGUUCGGUCAAAGACCUUAGAAUGAGGUCUGAUGGAAGGAUAGAAAGAACAGAAAGCAACUUGCUAAAAUCUGAUCCUUCACAUUUAAAAUUAAAAGGUGGCUCAGUUAAUGGAGUAGAUGUUCAAUCUUCUGUGCCGUCUACCUUACAAUCUGGAAUAUCUCGCUCAGUUGAAAAUCUAAAACAGAUGGAUGAAUCUGCAAAUAAACAACUGGAAGAAAACUCAAAAGUUACUGCUAAGAUGUCAAUGGAAUCUGAGGCGAGAUCUGCAGUAAAAAGGUCGACAGCAGUUGGAUCUCUCGCAAAGCAACCAAAGCAGGAUCUUGCCAAAGAUGAUGGUAAAUCUGGAAAAGCUGUUGGCAGAACUUCAGUCUCAUCUUCUGGCAAUCCUAGCACGGUUUCAGCUUCAGCAAAAGGAACAACCUUAUCUGCUAGAUCAUCAGAUCAUAACAUUGAAGCAAAAGCAGAGAUUGCAAACUCAAAGUCUUCCGAUUCAAGGGUUUCUACUGGGAAGGAUGAUGGAACUGAAACUUCGGAUGUGCAUAAACAGUCGUCUUCCCGAUCUAUUCAUUCUCCUGGGCAGGACAAUCUUGUUGCUAAGUCUAGCGAUAAACCACAAAAGAGAACUAGUCCUGCUGAUGAACUCGAUAGGUUAAAUAAGCGCCGAAAAGGAGAAAUUGAUUUAAGAGACAUGGAUGGGGGUGAGGUCCGUUUUUCUGAAAAGGAGAGGUUAAUUGAUGCACGGGGUACUGAUAAACUUCAUCCAGCAGAUUUUGACAAACCUGGUUCUGAUGAACUGAACAUCAGUAGGGUCACAGAUAAGCUUGCAGAUAGAUCUAAAGAUAAGACCAAUGAAAGAUACGACAGAGAUUACAGGGAACGGUUGGAGCGUCCUGAAAAGUCGCGUGGGGAUGAUAUUUUGUCUGAAAAAUUGAGAGAUAGGUCAUUGGAAAGGCAUGGAAGAGAACGUUCUGUUGAAAGAGUCCAAGAGAAAGGUGCUGAUAGGAACUUUGAUAGGCUAGGCAAGGAUGAUAGAAAUAAAGACGACAGAAGUAAAGUCCGGCAUAAUGAAGCACCUUUGGAAAAAUCACACGUAGUUGAUAGAUUUCAUGGGCAAAGCUUGCCUCCACCUCCACCUUUACUCCCUCACGUUAUCCCCCAGUCAGUUAAUGCCAGUAGGAGGGAGGAUGAUGCUGAUAGACGAUUUGGAACUGCCAGGCAUGCACAAAGACUUUCUCCAAGACACGAUGAGAGAGAGCGGAGACGAUCUGAAGAGAAUAUUUUAUUACAGGAUGAUGCAAAACGUAGAAGAGAGGAUGAUUUUCGAGAUAGGAAGAGAGAUGAGCGGGACAUGUUAUCAGUUAAGGUGGAGGAAAAAGAGAAAGAGAAGGAAAGAGAGCGGGAGAAAACUAACAUUCUCAAGGAGGAAAUGGAUUCCAAUGCUUCCAAGAGGCGGAAACUGAAAAGGGAGCAUCCACAAUCGGAACCCGGUGAGUAUUUACCAGCAGCACCGCAAUCUUCUCCUUUGUCAUAUGAUGGAAGAGAGAGGGGAGAUCGUAAGGGGGUUAUAGUCCAACGUCCAGGUUAUAUGGAGGAGCCAGCUCUCAGGAUUCACGCCAAAGAAGCAGCCACUAAGACAACCCGUCGCGAUGCUGAUCCAAUGUACGACAGAGAGUGGGAUGAUGAAAAGAGGCAGAGAGCUGAACCAAAGAGGCGGCACCGCAAAUAAAAGACACCGACAGAAAGUUUGUCUUAGUAUGAAGCAAGCCUACAUUGUGGAGUUUUCAUAAGCAUUCAAAACCUCAAUAGGUCAAGGGAUUCUGCCGUUCGCUCUUGUUGUGUGUGUGUGUGUGUGUGUGUGUGUGUGUUUUUUUUUUUUCCUUUUGUUUGGGGGCCAUUAGGGAUCAAUUGGGGUAUGGUUUUUCUCAACAUUCAAGGCUCCAUUAUAUUUGAGGUUGUACUGGAUAGUACCUAAGAAGUAUUAAUUCUUAGUAGCUACCAAAGCUAAUUUAUGCUUGGAAUGUUAUUUACGAGAAGCUGUAAAUUUUUAGUGCUACGUUGAUGACGCCCUGAAAGCUUUUGUACCAGUAAGAUAAACCUUUUGAAACAACAUUCUUGUAUCAUGUAUUCUUUUAUUAUUUGAAUUUCUGCGAUGUUGUGCACUA